AAUAAAGAAAAAAAAAUGAAAAAUGCUCCAAUAAUAAAGUGAAAAAAGAAUGAAAAAAGAGGAGGAAGAAGAAGAAUUAGUUAGUACGGCUCAGACAGUGAAUAAUAGUUAGAGGGAGCGUUUCAACUCAAAUCUGACAAACCUUCCCUUCACAGAUCACGCUCAGCGUUUUAGUUCACAAAUCAUGGUGAAAUCCGUCAUCGGAGAUGAAAAUCAACUCAAAUUGAUCGAAGAUCGCCUCGCUCGCUCCGCCGUCCCGUCUCAGAUUGGGCUUGUGAUUGGGAAACUAAAUUCGAAGCUGGACAGAGGAUUCGUGUACGAUUUGGUGCCCACGCCACCUAAUGAUGCCGGAGAGCAGCCAUGUUGGGUUAUUGACGGCGCGGGAGAUAGAAGCAAAAGUAAAAAGAAGGGUUCGUCCAAAGCCAAGUCUCAGUCUGAGUCUUCAGCUCUCUUUAUUGAUCACGACUGGAUUUUCGAGCACGCGCGCCAGGUCUCAAGAAUGCUAUUGGGUGGCAUGAGGGUGGUAGGCGUUUACAUAUGGGUCAGUGAAAGCCUAUUCAAGAACUCAACAAUCACACUAUGCCAGAGUGUAAUAGGAGUUGCACAAGCAGCCUCUACAAUGAUGGAUGAUUUAAAUGAGAGACUGCUACUUCAUAUUAGUUACAGCCCUCUGAGGUGGACAUGCCGAAAUUGCUCACUGGCAGCAAAUAUUUCCUCAAGCAGUCUUUGGCCUUGUGAUUUCAAAACAGGAAAAAUAUUAGGUUCCCUCCAAACAUUCAGAUGCAUGUACAAUUUUGAUUUAAGGUUGCCUAUACCUCAUGACGAUGGAUCAGAUAUUAAAAUAUUUUCUGACGCCCUUCGUAAUGAAGUAAUGGUUUGCGCUAAGGAACUUAAAGGUGUGAAGGCUUUGAUUGAUGGAAAAUUGGUGGCCGGUGAUGAUCUAAGUUUAACAGAUGAUUUUCAUGAAGUUGAAUUUCUUCUCCCUUUCAUGCAAGAUAAAUACUUAGAAGCUUGUAGCCAAAAAGAGGUUCUUGGUGUUCUUCUACUUAGAGGCUCUGUGUGUUCUCUAGCCUACUUGAAUUCAAAGGAGCCUGUUUCACAAGCUUUGGUUGAUAUAAAGGAAGACAUCAUAAGGAGCUUGCAAAGUAGACUUGAUAUAAUGUGUGAUGAGGCUGAAAGAGACAUUGAAUCAGUGACUGGUGGUGAUCAAGGAACAAACAGCCUGUCAUAUGAGGAACCCAUCGCAAACUUUGACCUUCAAGCUCAAAGAAAACAGUGCAACCUAUCGUUUCCUCGAAGAGUAUUUGUUCCAUGGCUGGAGGGCGCAUACAUAUGUGAUUAUAUUCAGUCAAAGGAGACAUUGGAGGUUCUCAAAGACCAUUGUGUCGAGUUGAUGUCAGUAGAAUUUCCAACUGACUCUUCUGAAAUUCUGGAGCCUGAAUCGGAAGCCCCCGUUGUAAUAGCUUCCACUGCCAAAACCUUUUGGAACGUCGCGACUAACCAUUCAUCAGCAGCCAACCUGGAUACUUCAGUCUCAAAGGCGAAGAAAACUGGAAAUGGUAGACCUGCCAAGACAGCUGACUUCGUUGUAUUGUUUGCUAUUUUUGUUCUGCUAAUCGCUAUGGUAGUAUUUAAUUUCAUGGGGAAGAUGUAGUUUAGUCACCAGAUCAAACUUUGGACAGUGAAUUGUGAAAGGAGACUAAUAUCAUACGUUUUGGAAUCUGUUUUUAUCCUUUAGUCAGGUGAAUUUUUUGGAGGGUAUUUCGGAGAAAAUGUUUCUUCAUAGCUCAACAAUUUUCUCUGUUGAAGGAGACUAGUAUCAUAUGUUCUGUCAUUUGCUUAUAUACUUUUCUCAGAUGAAAUGUUUUGGGGAAUUUAAGUGAAAAUGUUUUUUUU